UGAAUGAGCCAUUGUGUCAGUGUUCAGAAUAAAUUAUCCUGCAACUUCAAAGCUACGCCUUAUAAAGUAUGUUAAAUAUUUGGCACAAUAGUAUAUUGUUCCAUUAGUCUAUUAAUGGCAACGGCCUUAGUAAGCUCAUACUAAUAAAAUAAACGACUAAAACGAGCGUCACGCAGUCUCUGCAAGAAAAGUCAGGCUGCGAAAUCGAGCAAAGACUAAUCGCUCAUCUGCUAUUCCUCGGCCCAACUGUGAAGAGCAAACUCCGGCAUGUAUGCAUCUGUACGUCGUUAAAAUGAAUAGCUUUUUUAUUUUCCCGGUACUUACCUGAAUAUAAACGUGAGGCAGGAUUCGAGUCUGUUGUUCAUAAGCGGCGGCUAUGAACGGAAGAAAUAUACGCUGUCAGUUUAGUAGCAUGCUAGCUAGCUGUAGCUGAUUGCUAAUGUGGUGCUAACGCACAUCCAUUUGGCUUCACAGUAUUAUUUGUUACUAAGGCGUUGCUGCAGUUUGUAACCUAUCUUUAAGAUAUCCAUUUACGUAAACAUGAUGUGUUGUAGCUAAUAUACCUGUUAACUUAGUCGGUGGACAAAUGCCGCUGAUAAAUACGUUUAUUUGUAGUUGUGAGUGUUGACACUACACCGUGUAGCCUGGUAACUUAACGUUACUGUUUGCUACCAAUGUGUACAGUUACCGUGCUAGCCACGUAAACUGCUCCUGCUUGGUGUUGACGUAGCAGCAGCCGCUUGCCUGUCCUGUCAAGCUAGUUCUAUUUUAUAGGAAUUAGGAGCACCAAGUCAUUGACAGUCUGCUUAAUAAACCAAGACAUCCCGAAGACUCGAACUCCACCGAGGACAUGUACAAUUGUGACUCAAAAUGCUGUAGCUGGACUUGAACGUGUGGCUCGUUGGGUUCUUGGUCCUGUUGCAUUGAGCGGAUGAUGAAGCGGGUCAUCUGGCUGAUAUCAGGAUUAAACAGAAGAAUGAUGAAGCUACUUUUUGCCCUCGCUUUGAUCGCCUACAUUGCCUCUGUCUGGGGAACAUAUACGAACAUGAGAUCAAUACAAGAACACGGAGAAAUGAAGAUUGAGCAGAGGAUUGAUGAAGCUGUGGCUCCUCUCCGAGAGAAGAUUCGUGAUCUGGAACAAAGUUUUUCUCAGAAAUACCCACCUGUGAAAUUCCUGUCAGAAAAGGAUCGGAAGAGAAUUUUGAUCACUGGUGGGGCUGGUUUUGUUGGUUCCCAUCUGACUGACAAACUGAUGAUGGAUGGCCAUGAGGUGACGGUGGUGGACAACUUCUUCACAGGAAGGAAAAGGAAUGUGGAGCACUGGAUUGGCCACGAAAACUUUGAGCUCAUCAAUCAUGAUGUGGUGGAGCCUCUCUAUAUUGAGGUGGACCAGAUCUAUCACCUGGCGUCUCCAGCCUCCCCUCCCAACUACAUGUACAAUCCCAUCAAAACACUCAAGACCAACACCAUUGGCACUCUUAACAUGCUUGGUUUGGCCAAACGUGUGGGCGCCAGACUUCUCCUGGCUUCUACUUCUGAGGUUUAUGGAGAUCCAGAGGUACACCCACAAAAUGAGGAGUACUGGGGGCAUGUGAAUCCAAUUGGUCCUCGUGCGUGCUACGAUGAGGGGAAGCGUGUAGCAGAGACCAUGUGUUAUGCCUACAUGAAACAGGAAGGAGUAGAGGUGAGGGUAGCGAGAAUCUUCAAUACGUUUGGCUCCCGAAUGCACAUGAACGACGGACGAGUUGUCAGCAACUUCAUCCUGCAGGCUUUACAGGGAGAACCUCUCACUGUGUAUGGUUCUGGUUCCCAAACAAGAGCCUUUCAGUAUGUAAGCGAUCUGGUCAACGGCCUGGUGUUGUUGAUGAAUAGUAACAUCAGCAGUCCAGUCAAUCUGGGGAACCCAGAGGAACACACCAUAUUGGAGUUUGCUCGUCUCAUCAAAAGUCUAGUCGUGAGCCAAAGUCAGAUCCAGUUCCUUCCAGAGGCGCAGGACGACCCACAGAGGAGAAGACCUGACAUCCGAAAAGCCAAGAUGAUGCUGGGCUGGGAGCCGGUGGUGCCCCUGGAGGAAGGCUUGAACAAAACGAUCCAGUACUUCAGCAGGGAACUUGAGCACCAGGCCAACAACCAGUACAUCCCCAAACCUAAAGCCGCCCGCAUGAAGAAAGGACGACCCAGACACAACUGAGGUCGGGAUUCCCACCACAGACUCCCAAAACACCGAAGGAUGUUAAGACUCCUCAGAGGACCCUCGAAAAGCAACCGUUUUCUAAAAUACAUUGUUGAAUAUUGCACUGGGAUAUGGUGUCUUUUAGUAAAGUAGAGAAAAACUUUCUCUUUAAAAAAUGUUGUGUUGCCUUGCGUUGGAGCUGCACUGUGGGAUGAGAGCUUUCCAUACAGGAGCUCGCGUGUUGGAUGGACAAGCUUGGAUCAAAAACUGACAUUUCAGGCAAGAAAUCUGAAACCCAGCCUACAUUUUAUUUGUGAAUUUGUGUUUUUCAUAUUUAAAUUGCAGACAUAAGAAUCUUGCAAACAGCUCUCACUGUGCAUCAGUGCUUUGUGUUUAUUUAACCAGUUUCAUGGUGUUUUGUCUCCAGAGUUGAGCUACCUGACUUUACUCUACACUUCCACUGGAUGUUUUGUCUUCUUAUCAGUGGUGUUCUGUUCAUGCAGCGCACUGCAGGACUGGGCAAAUCCUCUAGAAAGACUGUUACACCAUCAUUAGGUGUUUAUCAGAACAUUGUGUUCUACUUUGUGAAAGAUCUCAUGUCAGGAUGUGCAUUAUCAAUUUCAGAUAAAGAUGCUAUUUUUAAAAAUGUUUCUGAUAUUUUGCGUAUGAUAUACAGUAAUUAGGGAAGUGUGUGUUUGCGUUCGUGUGCAAGUGUGUGCGCAUGCAAGUGUGUUCGUGGACAGCUACAAUUGUUUAGUAGAAGUGAAAAGCAGGGGACUUAAAUAGGAAGCCACAUCUUUAUUUACAAUAAUCAAAUAAGCGAAAUCGGAUUUUAAUAGUAUUUCAUACAAAAGCUGAAAAUGUAAAUGGCACACAUAUUGUGUUUUUGCUGUCAUUGAACAUCGCUACUGCUCUAACUAAUAGCCUAUGUGAGGAUGGCGAGAAAGUGUUGAGUGGGUUGUACUCAGUACUGGUGGGUGUAACCAAUCAAUACAAAGAAGCCAUGGCAGCUGUGGAGUAUUUGGAUAUAUUUGCAGGUUUAAAACCAACAGACACAGUUAAUAGUAGUCAUAGUUGACAUUCGCUCCGUGUCUGUAAGAACUAGAGUCACGCGGGCCGAUGGGGGCGUUUUCAUCGUAGUGGUGCUGACGCCCUUGAUCAGUGGAGCGAGCUUGGUCCAUCCAGUACGACAGGUCGGCCUCCAGUCUCUAGUGAGGAAGAAACACAACAGUACGUGACUCGUUAGCAAACUCCGCCUCAACAAAUCUCAAGCUAAUAGACACAGAGGUAGCUGAUAAGGUGUCCGCUGAGACUGUCAGCAGGCUCAGCUGUCGCGAAUAGACACACAUGAAAGCCAAACAUUGAAAAGGCCAAUGCUUUCACGGCUUUGGCCUUUUACGGAAGCAACAAUGGCACACAUGGAAAAAAAGGCAUCGUGAAUUGGGCUGUGUGAGAUUUACUGCUUCACUGGCUAAAACGAAAACGAUGUCGGUGAGGGGGCCUUUUCGUGCACUCUGCUCUCUUUUUUUUUUUUUUCUGCCCUUGUUAUGUUCCCUCCAUUCCUUGGUGUCCCUGGUGAAUUCUACAUGACAGUCACUGACCUGAAAGAAAACUGAAGCUGGCUCUGUGGGAUUAUAUUUGUAUAUGAGAGUCAUUAAUGUAUUGCCAUGUAUUAUGUUCCACGUUUUUAGUUAUUCAUUCAGUCAUACGGAAACAUUGUGAGGAUAACUGUGCCUUUUGAAAAGAUUCUUCUAGAGAUCAGACUACAGUUUACACCAGCUAUGUCACUCCACGUUUUUGUCAUCCACAUAUCUGAGAAGUAUAAAGAUCCCGAUUACUAUUGAA